AGCCGGACUUGGAUUGGAGUCGAAUACGCACGCGUCGCUCGAUCUCAGCUAGUUCUUCGCCGCCUUCGGUCCUCUUUUCCAGCAGUCGCUUAUCGACACCCAGGCAGAAGAGUUCUCGCGUCGUUUCCUCGGUUAGUUUUCUUCUCUCUUUAUUCGCGUCGAACAGUGUCCUUGAACGCGCCAUGGCAUCCGUUUGUAUCAUCGGCUCCGGCAAUUGGGGUUCGGCUAUCGCAAAGAUAGUCGGUAAAAAUGCCAAGACGCAGAGUAGCUUUGACGAUCGCGUUACUAUGUAUGUUUAUGAAGAGAUUAUCAAUGGGAGAAAGCUGACUGAGAUUAUUAACGAGACCCAUGAAAAUGUCAAAUAUCUACCGGGGCAUAAACUUCCUGAGAAUGUGAUUGCUGUUCCCGAUGUGGUGGACGCUGCAAAAGACGCGGACAUACUCAUUUUUGUGGUACCGCAUCAAUUCAUCCGAAGGAUAUGCAGCACAUUGCAGGGGAAGAUCAAGCCCACGGCCGUAGGAUUGUCAUUAAUCAAAGGUUUCGACAAGAAAGAAGGUGGCGGUAUCGAACUUAUUUCCCAUAUAAUAUCCGAACAAUUGCAAAUUCCGGUAUCCGUCUUGAUGGGUGCAAAUUUGGCUUCCGAGGUAGCCGACGAGAUGUUCUGCGAAACUACAAUUGGAUGUAAAGAUAAAGCGAUGGCGCCAUUACUUCGUGACUUGAUUCAAACGUUGUACUUCAGAGUUGUGGUUGUGGAGGAUGUGGACUCCGUGGAGUGUUGCGGAGCGUUAAAGAACAUAGUUGCUUGUGGUGCUGGUUUCGUCGACGGACUGAAUCUGGGAGAUAACACAAAGGCUGCGGUGAUCAGGCUAGGACUGAUGGAGAUGAUAAAGUUUGUCGACGUGUUCUUCCCGGGCGGAAAAUUAACGACCUUCUUCGAGAGCUGCGGCGUGGCCGAUCUGAUCACGACGUGCUACGGUGGACGCAACAGAAAAGUGUCGGAAGCCUUUGUCAAGACUGGCAAGUCGAUCGAGACGUUAGAAAAGGAAAUGCUGAACGGCCAGAAACUGCAGGGCCCGUUCACCGCCGAAGAAGUCAGCUACAUGCUGAAGGCGAAAGGCAUGGAGAACAGAUUUCCAUUGUUCACAGCUAUUCACCGAAUUUGCGUUGGUGAGCUAAAACCGACGGAUUUAAUCGACUGUAUACGCAGCCAUCCGGAACACAUGGACGAAGACCCUUUGAAGACAUCAUCGAUAACGCCCAAAUGCCGCCUUUGAAGAUCGCUGAUGAUCGAUCAUCGAGAGAAGAUUUUGUCGCCAUUCAACACGAAUAGAUUACUCGAGAGCAUGAUAGUAAUUAAGUGAUUUCUACUCAUAUUAGUUAUAAGUUUGUCUGGUUUUUUUGUUUAUUUUUAUGCAAGUGAAACAUGUUCGAAAUUUUGUUUCACAAUAUAUUAUUAAAGUUAAGUAAAAAUACACAGAGUAUGUUUGUGUUAUUUAUAGAUAUGUAAUUGCAAAAAGUACUUAGUCAAAUAAUUAAGUAAUUCUGUAAACAUUCAAAUAAGUUUGCGCGUAAAUGCUCAAAUUUUUUUUUUUUUUUAAAUUUCGAAAUAUCUGAGUAAUAUUAUAUGAAAC